ACUCAAUUUUGGGCUUUUGUUUUCUCUCCAAAAGGUGAAGAAGGAUAUUGGGGAUGUGACUAUCCUGGUGAACAAUGCUGGUGUGAUUACAGCUGCCGACUUCCUCUCGACUCAGGAGCACCAGAUAGAAAGGAUGUUUGAAGUCAACAUUCUGGGUCACAUGUGGACCACAAGAGCUUUCCUGCCAGUCAUGAUGAACAACAACUAUGGGCACAUUGUCACGGUGGCUUCAGCAGCAGGUCAUUUUGUGAUUCCUUACAUGGUGGUAUAUUGUUCCCCAUCAUUUAAGUUUCUAUCCCACUUUUCAUUUCAUGUUACUCUCUCUUCCAGGGUGUUUCCAGAACGUGCCCUGAACCUUCUGAAGAAGAUCUCUGAGGUCAAGUUUGAUGCCAUCAUUGGGCAGAGAAGCACCCAGUGAAAAGGAAGAAUUGAUUCUCAUUUCCCAGAGGCACCAAUGAAAAGAGAACAUGUGCUGAGUGUAUUUCAGCUGCCUUGAUUCAGAACAGAGCUCAGGCAGCUGCUUCCAGGCCACCAUUCCCAGGCACACCUAAGGGCUUCUCCCACACCUGCAGCUGGAACACACCUGCAUAACAGGGAGUGUUAGCAAAGCAGUGAUGCAGCUCUAGAAGGGCUGCUUUGAAUGUACAUCCCAUCACCUUUGUCUCAUUGUGCUGAGGCAGGCAGGAAUUCCCACAAAGGUGGAUAGCCUGUUUUCACCUCAGUUUAUAUCGUUGAAUUAUAAAAUGCUCUAAUGAACACUGAAUUUCCCAUAUUUUUGUAGGAAAUACCUGAAAUAAUACAGGUGUAUAUGUAGUAUACCUAAUUACAUAGAUUAUCAAUUAUACAUUUGCACCAUCAAUAUGCCUUUAUAUGAAUAAAUGCAGUUCUUUAACACAAGGA